AUGUCGAGCGAAAACUUCAACGUCACGGAGCAUGCCGUUCCCGGCUGCCACAUUCGAGAAUAUCCGGGAAGCACUGUUCAUCAGGAAGACAUAUUGAAUCUCCAUGUCAAGCAGUAUACUCCCAAGAACCAGGCCGAACCCGUUCCCGCCGACGCCAUCACUAUCAUCGCUGCUCAUGGGGCUGCACUUCCCAAGGAGUUGUAUGAGCCGCUGUGGGAUGAGUUGCUGAACCAAGCCACUGGCUUUCAUAUUCGCAGCAUCUGGGUGGCCGACUGUGCCAGUAUGAAUACCAGCGGGGUCUUAAAUGAAGAUAAACUCAGCAUGGACUACCAUAUCAAUGCUAACUACAAUCAUCUUUUCUCCACGCCUAGGUUCUUGGAUGGAUCAUGCGCGGGACCUGUUCCUGAUGAUCAACCAUUUCCGCGACCAGAUGCCCCGUCCGCUCGUGGGGAUCGGUCACAGCAUGGGCGGCAACAUAAUCAAUACCAGCAGCAGCGAGCACUGACCAUCCCUUUCAGCACGAACCUGGCCUUUCUCCAUCCGCGCUUAUUCACAACCAUUCUCCUCGUGGACCCCGUCAUCCAGCUAAGCCCGCCAGCUAUGGGCUUCGGCACCGACCCUCCGGGAGCACCGAACUACACUCUCCGUCGCUCGGACGUAUGGCCCAGCCGCGAGGCAGCCGUACAAGCCAACCGCAAGUUUAUGCACGGAUGGGAUCCCCGAUGUGUGGAAUUGAUGGCGGAGCACGGCUUCUGGGAAUUACCGACGCGGCUGUACCCGGACGUCGAGGCGGUGAAGGCGAAGUUUGGCACCACCACCAACAACACCACUCCAGUCACUCUGACCACCACCAAACAUCAAGACCUCCUCGGUCAGAUCCGACAGAACUUCAGCGCCCGCAAUCCGACCACCGGGGUGAUUGAGAUCCCUCGCGACACCCAUGCCGACCUGGACCCCGCGGCUGCCUUUAUUCCCCUCUACCGUCCCGAGCCCCGCAGUACCUUUUUCCGCCUCCCCACUCUCCGCCCCUCCUGCCUCUGGGUCGUGGGCGGAUCGACCUAUCUGAAUCUCGAUGAGAUGCGCCUUGCCAUUCAGCGGUGUGGGACCGGGGUCGGUGGGAGUGGGGGACUGUCUGAGGGGAGGGUCAAAGAGGUUACAUUACCUGGGUUGGGCCAUCUGAUGCCGUUUCAGGAGGUCAAGGCCGUGGUGGACCCGUGUGCGGCUUGGUUGCGGCAGGAAAUGGAUCGAUUCCGUCGCGUGGAGCGGGAGUGGGAGGAGGCGCAGAAGGGGAAGAGUCAUCUGGUCGUUGAGGAGAAUUGGUAUAAAGUCUUGAAGCCGGUGAAUGCUCGUCGUGGUAAGGGCGGGCCUAGUGCGAAGCUGUCAUGA